AUGCAUCACAUGAGCCACCCCAACGUGGCCCGCAUGCUGGCUGUCGUGAGGUCCGGCCUCGUUAUCAUGGAGCUGGCAAGUGAGAGCCUGUUCUCGUGGUACCAACACGGCUGGGUGGCAGACUGGGGCCCCAAGACCCACGUUGGACACCAGGCCGCGUUGGGACUCGCCCACCUCCACGCCCACCCAAUCAUCCCCCGCGAUGUCAAAUCGUGCAACUUCUUGGUCUUCCCGCCCUCCUCGGGAGACUGGGUGGUGCCCGUUGUCAAGCUAGGCGACUUGGGCAUUGCAGUGAGAUAA